AUGAAAGUUCUUUUAGUUCUAGAUAUAUGCUGCCUUAUUGGACUUGUAAGUGUUGGUGAAGCAGUCUGUCCAGAUAAUUGUAACUAUAAUGGGGUUUGUGAUGUAAAACAUUCAAGAUGUAACUGUUAUGAAGGAUUUACAGGUUCAGAUUGUAAGACUGAUUGUAGAUGUAAUGGUCAUGGAACAUGUCAAUCAGGUAGUGUAUGUAAAUGUGAUGAAGGAUGGAAAUAUUCAGGUGGUCAAUGUGUCUGGGAUUGUCAUUGUUUAAAUGGUGCUAAAUGUAUAGGACCAGGUGAAUGUGGAUGUGUACAUAAUUGUAAAAUGGGGAAUUGUAGAAAUGGACAGUGUCAAUGUUGGAAUGGCUAUAAAGGCUCUGACUGUUCAGAAUAUGAUCCAACCAUGUAA